GCUUUAUUAUAUCAUUACAUCUGCAUACCUUCCCAAAUUACGACGUUUUCUGAUGGUUUUAUGCUUUAUUAUACUUUGUCAUUUUUUCAAUUUUUUUGCCAUAGUAUACUAUGUCGUUUUUUUGAGAAUUUUAUGCCAUACUACACUAUGAUGUUUUUGAGAAUUUUACGCCUUACUGUACUAUGAAAAUUUUAUGGCAUACUAUACUAUGACUUUUUUGACAUUUUCAUGCCUUACAAAGUUUUUGAGAAUCUUAUGUCUUAUGAUGUUUUUUGACAUUUUUAUGCCUCAAUACACUAUGAUGCUUUUAUUUCUCACCAUACUUUGAUGUCCUGAUGGUUAAAUAUAUGAUGAAACAAGGAGAGACAAAUUAGUACAAUAGUUAGAACUGAUGCUUCAUAAAGAGAAGGUUGUGAGUUCAAAUCUCAGUGUUUGCAUUUUUUUUUUUUUUUGCCAUACUAUGCCAUUUUUUCAAGUUUUUUUGCCAUACUAUACUAUGUUGUUUUUUUUGCUUUUAGGGCCUUAUUAUAUCAUUACAUCUUCAUACCUUCCCAAAUUAUGACGCUUUCUGAUGGUUUUAUGCUUUAUUAUACUGUCAUUUUUUCAAUUUUUUUGCCAUACUAAAAUAUGCCGUUUUUUCACAUUUUUGGCAUACUAUACUAUGUUGUUUUUUUUUGCUUUUAGGGCCUUAUUAUAUCAUUAUGUCUUCAUACCUUCCCAAAUUAUGACGUUUUCUGAUGGUUUUAUGCUUUAUUGUACUUUGUCAUUUUUUCAAUUUUUUUGCCAUACUAUACUAUGCCGUUUUUUCAUGUUUUUUGCCAUACUAUACUAUGUCUUUUUUUUUUUUGCUUUUAGAGCUUUAUUAUAUCAUUACAUCUGCAUACCUUCCCAAAUUACGACGUUUUCUGAUGGUUUUAUGCUUUAUUAUACUUUGUCAUUUUUUCAAUUUUUUUGCCAUAGUAUACUAUGUCAUUUUUUUUAUUUUUUAGCCAUACUAUACUAUGCCGUUUUUUCAUGUUUUUUGCCAUACUAUACUAUGUUGUUUUUCUUGCUUUUAGGGCCUUAUUAUAUCCUUACAUCUUCAUACCUUCCCAAAUUAUGACAUUUUCUGAUGGUUUUAUGCUUUAUUGUACUUUGUCAUUUUUUCAAUUUUUUUGCCAUACUAUACUAUGCCGUUUUUUCACGUUUUUUGCCAUACUAUACUAUGUCUUUUUUUUUUUGCUUUUAGAGCUUUAUUAUAUCAUUACAUCUGCAUACCUUCCCAAAUUACGACGUUUUCUGAUGGUUUUAUGCUUUUUUAUACUUUGUCAUUUUUUUCAAUUUUUUUGCCAUAGUAUACUAUGUCGUUUUUUUGAGAAUUUUAUGCCAUACUACACUAUGAUGUUUUUGAGAAUUUUACGCCUUACUGUACUAUGACAAUUUUAUGGCAUACUAUACUAUGACUUUUUUGACAUUUUCAUGCCUUACAAAGUUUUUGAGAAUCUUAUGUCUUAUGAUGUUUUUUGACAUUUUUAUGCCUCAAUACACUAUGAUGCUUUCAUUUCUCACCAUACUUUGAUGUCCUGAUGGUUAAAUAUAUGAUGAAACAAGGAGAGACAAAUUAGUACAAUAGUUAGAACUGAUGCUUCAUAAAGAGAAGGUUGUGAGUUCAAAUCUCAGUGUUUGCAUUUUUUUUUUUUUUUGCCAUACUAUGCCGUUUUUUCACGUUUUUUUGCCAUACUAUACUAUGUUGUUUUUUUUGCUUUUAGGGCCUUAUUAUAUCAUUACGUCUUCAUACCUUCCCAAAUUAUGACGCUUUCUGAUGGUUUUAUGCUUUAUUAUACUGUCAUUUUUUCAAUUUUUUUGCCAUACUAAAAUAUGCCGUUUUUUUCACAUUUUUGGCAUACUAUACUAUGUUGUUUUUUUUUGCUUUUAGGGCCUUAUUAUAUCAUUAUGUCUUCAUACCUUCCCAAAUUAUGACGUUUUCUGAUGGUUUUAUGCUUUAUUAUACUUUGUCAUUUUUUUUAAUUUUUUUGCCAUACUAUACUAUGCCGUUUUUUCAUGUUUUUUGCCAUACUAUACUAUGUUGUUUUCUUGCUUUUAGUGCCUUAUUAUAUCAUUACAUCUUCAUACCUUCCCAAAUUAUGAUGCUUUCUGAUGGUUUUAUGCUUUAUUAUACUUUGUCAUUUUUUCAAUUUUUUUGCCAUACUAUACUAUGCCGUUUUUUCACGUUUUUUGCCAUACUAUACUAUGUAAUUUUUCUUGUUUUUAGGGCUUCAUUAUAUCAUUACGUCUUCAUACCUUCCCAAAUUAUGACGUUUUCUGAUGGUUUUAUGCUUUAUUAUACUUUGUCAUUUUUUCAAUUUUUUUGCCAUACUAUAUUAUGACAUUCUUUGACAUUUAUGGCCUUAUUAUAUCAUGACGUGUUCAUACCUUCCCAAAUUAUGACAUUUUCUGAUAGUAUUAUGCUUUAUUAUACUUUGUCAUAUUUUCAAUUUUUUUGUCUUACUAUAUUGUUUUUUUUUUUGCUUUUGAGGGCCUAUUACACCAUGACGUUUUCACGCUUAUUGCCAAACUUUUCGAUGAUGUUUUUGAGAAUUUUAUGCCAUACUAUACUAUGACGUUUUUUAAGAAUUUUAUGCCAUACUAGAAUGUGAUGUUUUUUGAAAAUUUCAUGUCACAAUAUACUAUGAUGUUUUUGAGAAUUUUAUGCCAUACUAUACUAUGACGUUUUUUUUUCAGAAUUUUAUGCCAUACUAUAAUUUGAUGUUUCUUGAUAAAUUUAAUGUCACAAUAUACUAUGAUGUUUUCUGAGAAUUUUAUGGCAUACUAUACUAUGACGUUUUUUGACAUUUUUAUGUAAAACUAUACAAAGAUGUUUUUGAGAAUUUUAUCCCUUACUGUAGUAAGACGUUUUUUGACAUUUUUAUGCCAUACUAUACUUUGACAUUUCUUUUGCCUUACUAUACUACGACAAUCGUAUUCCAUACUAUACUAUGCUGUUUUUUUUGAGAUUUUUAUGCCUUAUUAUACUAUGGCAAUUUUAUGCCAUACUAUACUAUGACGUUUUUACACAUUUUAUGCCAUACUAUGAUGAUUUUUGCCAUUUUCUUUGCCGUACUAUAGUAGGACUUUUUUGACAUUUUUAUGCCUUUUUUAUAUUAAUAUAUCAUCACAUAUACUAUGGCGCCCCCCCCCCCCCCUUAUUAUACUAUGAGCUUUCAUAACUUAGUAUCUUAUAGCCUAACCUCAGGUAAGCUUAAUCCUAAAUAAAUAACAAAAAACAACCCUAAGUCAAAGCAGUUAGCCGUACUGUGGAAACCAGGUAGGCUAACAUAACUUUGUCUGGUUUGUUUUUAAAACUAUCUCAAAUAUUAAACAUUAGUUCUACUGAAAACCCCAGUAGCUACAGUUACCUAAGCUAACUGUUAGCUAACCAGCUAGUAGCCUUAUCUCCAAAACUUACGCUCGUAUAUUUUCUGGAGAAAACAAACAGUAGUUUAUUUCUACCACUGCAUUCCAGAGAACAUGAAUGUCAUCUUGAAGGGAAACAAUUGUGUGUCUCUAAAUAUUCUGCCUUCUGUUGCUAACGUUAAAUCCAAUUUACGGAGCGUCACCAACGGACCCCGGUUACUCAUUUCCGGUUCCGUUAAAUUAUAUGAGCCGAAGGUGACGCGUGCGGGCUGUGGAACAUGGCGGGUCCAAUGUGGAGGCAAUGCCGGAGGUGGAGUACAAACUGUACGAGUGCGAGUUUAUUGGAAACCUUGUGGCAUUUUAACUGCAGGUCUGUGUCUUUCUCGGCGUCCUCUCUGGGGCGGCCGUCGUGGAGCUCAAGGCCGGGGAACGAGGGACAGCCAUCAUCAUCUACACAGAUAAACCCAAAAAUUUUAAACUUUAUCUCAUCUCUAAACAGACACAAGUCACGGUUGCUGUAUCCCACACUACAGUCUUGUUGCUGCAGAACGUUACACAGUGAUGCAAAGCUCAAGGACCCCUUCACGUUAGCCCAGAAAGACCUUACAAGUUUAUAUGAUGAUAUCAAAAAGGAGCUGUUUGUAUCUAAAGAAGAGCUGAAGUCACUAUGUGACUACUACUUUGAUGGCAAGGGCAAAGCAAUCCGACCAAUGAUUGUUGUCCUGAUGGCCCGGGCUCUCAACAUCCACAGCAACAGAGCGGGAGAUUUGCUCCCAGGGCAGAGGGCCAUAGCUAUGAUCUCAGAAAUGAUCCACACUGCCAGCCUGGUGCAUGAUGACGUCAUAGAUGGAUCAGAUAAGCGGAGAGGAAAGAGAACCAUCAAUGAAGUGUGGGGUGAAAGAAAGGCGAUCCUGGCAGGAGAUUUCAUCCUCUCAGCCGCCUCCAUGGCCUUGGCUCGUAUUGGAAACAACACUGUGGUUAAAGUGUUGUCACAGGUCAUAGAAGACCUGGUACGAGGUGAAUUCAUGCAGCUGGGUUCCAAGGAGAACGAGAACGAGAGAUUCAAGCACUACCUCGAGAAAACCUUCAAGAAGACGGCGAGUCUUAUUGCAAACAGUUGUAAAGCAGUAUCCAUUCUGGUAAAUUCUGAUCCCGAAGUUCAUGAAAUCGCCUACCAGUAUGGGAAGAAUGUUGGCAUCGCAUUUCAGUUAGUGGAUGAUGUCUUGGACUUCACAUCAGGGGCCAAUCACCUGGGGAAGCCCUCAGCUGCAGAUCUCAAACUGGGCUUGGCCACUGGACCAGUCCUGUUUGCUUGUCAGCAGUUUCCUGAGCUUCAUGCAAUGAUCAUGAGGCGUUUCAGCUCUAAUGGAGAUGUAGAUCGAGCUUGGCAAUACGUCCUUCAGAGCGAUGGCGUGCAACAGACCAACUUCCUGGCCCAGCGUUACUGUCAAGAAGCCAUCCGACAGAUCAGUAUGCUCAGGCCGUCCCCAGAGAGAGACGCCCUCAUCAGGCUCACUGAGAUGGUGCUCACCAGAGACAAAUGAGCCUCCUCCUGCUGGGGGGGUGUGGGUGGUGGUGGUGGGGGGGGUUCACUUCAGGCAGCUACCUGUUGAAAGACAACUCACCCUGACCUCCCCCCCUCCCCCCUUCACCGUGUCUGUGUGUGUGUGUGUGUGUGUCUGCACAGGGCGAGGGAGGUCAGAAACGGAGAGGGAAGCGAUGGGGAGUUCGGUUCGGGGGACACCCCCCCCUCCCCCCGGUGCUGGUUUUUAGUGCCAACUGUAAAUGGAAAAGGGGAGCAAGCUUUGUCAGAACACUUACUGAGAAUCGGAGCAGCUUGAAGGGGGGGGUCUCCCCCGAACCGACAAACCUGUUGUUUCACGGCUCUCUCCUGAAACAUACGUAUGGGUUAGUCCUAUUAAAAUGGUUUUUGACAUAUAAAUACACUUGGGUUUUUAAUGCACAUCCUUGUGAUUUCGGCUUCCUACAUGAAAUCACGGCGAUGAUCUGGAAAUGAAUUAUAAUCUUUAAAUCAUGGGAUGCCACCGCAAACUGCAACCAAUACCUUCAACACGUACAGUACUGUAACUACAACUGCCUCCCCAUGACUCGGACUAGCAGACUGUGAGUGAACACAGUUUGUUACCUGCUAGUCCUGAGCUGUGGAGUUGUUGAACAAUCUCUUAUUCCAAAUGAUAGAUAUAUAUAUAUACAUAUACAUAUAUAUGUAUAUAAAAAAAAAAGUGCAUAAUUGUCAUGGGUGUCAGGAGCGUCUGGAUCUGUGUUAAUGUGUUUUCGAGAUCCGUCCACACCUUUUUAAAAAGGCCAAACAGUCGUGUCUUUUUGACUUGUGAAAUGUUAUGAGGUUACUUCUGUAAUGCAAAGUGCCCUGUAACAACUGAAGGCCUUAACAUCUGCAAUGACUGUGUGCUCAAUAAACCAACAGUUUUUC